AUGCUCCUCAACGCCACCGUCCCUCUGUCGGUGGACUUCGACAGUCCGGAGGACUUCCUCAUCUUCAUCUUUCACAUCAUGUUCGCCACGAGCGCCGUGCUGGUGGCCGGCUCGGUGGUCAUCGGUAUAUCUGCGACCCGGUUUCUGCGGGGCCAGAACCGGUUCGUCUUCAUGCUGAACACGAGCAUCAGCGACACUCUGACCGGCUUCUCCGUCUACUACCUCGGCCUCUUCGACGUCCAGGAGGGCUACCCGUCGAGGAACGGGACGUUCUACAUCUUACCCUCAUUUCUCGGGGUCAACGUGUUGACCUUCCUCUUCGCUCAGUUCGACCGCUACUUCGCCGUGUGCCACCCUUUCUUCUACAGCCGCUUCAUAACGAGGUCGGUUGUCAUCGGCAUUUGCGCGUUUUGCUGGAUUUACACCUACACCAUCCUCACGGUGCAGAACAUGGUGCCCAUCUCAAAGGCGGCUCAAAUAAACGCGUUCGGCGUAAUGACCCUGCAGAUUAUUGUCGUGGUCAAAGUGUUAAUGACAGUUAAAUUGUACAUCAUAGCCAGGAACCAGCUGGGGAGAGAGGCGCCCAGCGCGGACAGAGACAACAAGAAGGAGUCUCUGCGCAUCAUCGUGUUUGUGGUGAUCUGCUUCUUGGCUCUGUGGUGUCCGUCGUUCGUCAAUAUCAUUGUCAGACAGUUGACUCGGAAAGGUCUGUUGUUCCGGAACGAAGCCACUAACCUGUUCGCCAUCUUGGCGCGCCUGAACGCGCUGGUCACGCCGGUUCUGUAUAUCUGGGGCAGCCCGGCGCUGCGGGGGGCCGUGUGGAGGACGGUGUGGCGGGGGGUGUGCCCCUGCAGGAGGGCGAGAAUUGGCUUCACCUUCGAUGGAGUGACGCACAAGUUGUAGCCGCCAGCCGCCGUCAGCAGCAGCACCAGGUAUCAUAAUGACUGAAAAGGCCGCAUGUGAGCUCAGCCAUGACGGAAACAAAACGCUCGACACGCUGAGCAGCUCCGUUUUUUUUUUUACUCGGGCUUCAGGUGUGUUAUUACAAAUGAAAUGUGAUUUUUUUUUUCUUUCUGAAUACACUGGAUGGAAAUACUGAAUGUAUGUUUCCCACUGCCGCGCAUGUGAACCCAAGACAACUUACUGGAACAUUUCAUCUGGAGACGGUGUGGUGUUGUUCUUCACAUGAAACUCUGUCAUACUUGUCAUACCAGAAUAAAUGUCUACAUCCGAAUA